AAACAUGGUGAGAGCUGCACACAGAGAGGCGUCUGAGAUGAUAACGGAAAAUGUAAACCUGCCCGAUGCUUCAACCAGGAGCAAAGACGGUGAAGCAGGGAGGAAAGUGUUCAGGCUGGUUGCUGUGAGCUUUGGGCUCCUGUGCAUCCUGCAAGCUGUUCUCAACAUUUCCCUGCGUGUUGCUUUCUACAGCAGGACAUCAGAUGUUAAGAUUAUCUGCAACAACGUGUCAGAGUCAGACGAGUUGCGAAAACUGGCUGAAUAUCAUUUUCAACAAGGAUGGAUUUACAUACACCCCAGUUUCUAUUAUAUUUCUUCAACCAGGAAAAGCUGGCAGGACAGUCGAGAGGACUGUCUGCAACGAGGGGCAGACCUGGUGAUUAUCGACUCCAAAGAAGAACAGGACUUCACAAGGAAAUUUCACAGGCUCACGUGGAUUGGACUGACGGACCGAGUAGGGAGAAGAGAGUGGAAGUGGGUGGAUGGGACUCCGCUGACCAAAAGCUACUGGGGCCCCGGGGAGCCCAACAGUUACAGGGGCAAGAAAGAAGACUGUGUAGAAAUAAAAUUCCACGAUAAUGAAAACAGCUGGAAUGACAUACCAUGUGAAGACCUGAACUUCUGGAUCUGUGAAAAGAAAUUGGAUCUAUAAGUCAAGACAUAUAUAUAAUAUUCUGUAAGGCUGAACUGCACUUCAAGUUCAGCAUGAAUUCACAAAAUCACUAUUCAUGAUCAGUAUAAUCUGGAAGGCUGCUUGACAAUCGCAUGGAUCUGUAAAUGUGAAGACGCUGGAAUUUGGACUGUAAUAAACUGCACAGUUAUAAAAUUGACAAACUCAACAAACUAAUGUUGUGAUGUGAAGCAUUGCUGCUCCUAAAGUCAAUUAUGUAAUCGCAUUACGGUUACUACAGCGCCACCUUGAUUCUGCUAGAUAUGCAACUGAGCCGUUACAGAAGAUUUUGAUGGCAAGAUCAUUUCUGUUGAAGUGUUCUUUGGAAUCGUUUUCACCAUCUGGGCUGUUGGCUUUGUAGAAAUAUUUUAUUACAGUGAGUAAAAAUGAAAGAUCUUGUAUCUGUCCUCCUUAUUUGUUUGAGGAUUUGUGCAUUUGUGGUAAUAAGUGGGCAAAUGUAAAGUUUAAUAUUACAUUUUCUCAGGCAAUGUUGCAGAGUAACGCAAAAGCAACAUAACGGGUAAUAAUACUUUCUAUUGGGAUCCUUCAUGUUUUAAUAAAAGCAUUGAGCAAUAUGAAGUACAUUACUGUUUUCUGAGCAGCAACCUGAAAUUAAUUUACCUGACAUGACAUUUUUGGAGAUUUAAAACCCACUAACAUGUUGCAGGAGUAUGUAAGAUAAGUAUGUGCAAGAAAACCCUCAAAGAUCUUGCAACUAAAGGAAUUUUGCACCAAAUUGACGUCACAAAUUUCCAUAAGCAGAUGUUACAGACUUGUACAUAGAUGUUCAAAAUGUAUGUCACUUCCUGGUUGGAGACUGACUACAGAUGGGGCUGAGGGCGGAGCAUGGCUUUAGACCAGACCAAGAGCUCUGACAUCACGGGGGGAUUUGGUUUUCUUUGUAUUAGUUUUAGUUGCUGCCUGUAUAGUCUCCCCCCCAUGCGUUACAUUUGGUCUGAUCAGCCAGUAUAUAUUCUCAGUCUGGCAGGUCUGUUAGUUGAGUUAAUGUCCUUAUUUUUCAGUAGAGUUAUAAUUUGUUGACCUCUUUUAAAGGGCCCUACAACUCUGGUUUCAGUACUUUCAGUUGUUUUUUUGUAAAAGUUGUUUUUUUAAUUGAAAAUAAAUCUGUCUUAUGUGAAAUUUAAA